CUUCACCCUUUCCUUCCCCGCAGUGUCCCCGUCCCCAGGAAUUCCUCCCUCAACUUUCCCCCUUAAAGAUCUUACCAUGAGAUGGAAACUCUAGUUUCCGUAUUUCAGUUCAGAAGACAACUGACUACAUCCCUCUAUGGAUUUUUAGACUCAACAGUGUGACUCAGCCGCUCCGCAGAGGACAGCAUUUCCAGACUCUCUAUCAUCGUGGCCAUCUUCAUUCUUCUGGGUUCCAGUAAGUCAGUGACCCUUGUGAGGUGCUGUUGUAUACACUGACGUACAACAAUGGACAACAGAAAAUUACUGUGGAAUUCAUGUUUCAGUAGGAGACAGACAAUCAGAAACUAACAUAGGAGCCUCACAGGGAAACAGCCACCCAAGAACUUCAAAAUGAGUGACAACAACACAGCUUUGGCUCCUCCAACUUCAACCCAGGGUCCCACCACUCCGCGCAAAGGCCCACCCAAGUUCAAGCAGAGGCAGACUCGUCAGUUCAAGAGCAAACCGCCUAAGAAAGGUGUGAAAGGAUUUGGAGAUGACAUUCCAGGCAUGGAGGGAUUGGGAACAGAUAUCACGGUGAUUUGUCCCUGGGAGGCUUUCAGCCACCUGGAAUUGCAUGAGCUCGCUCAGUUCGGGAUUAUCUGAGGCACAAGAAGUUCCACUACUCUCAACAGCAUCUGCUGUAACUUUAACUACUUUUAUCCUAUUGAUCUGCCACAGUCUUGAUGUUCAGUAUUGGGAAGUGGUUUCUUGGGCUCACAUGGUCAUUUCUUAUCUUUGGCUAUUAAGAGUUCUCUUCACAGCUUGCAAUGUAGCUGAUCUCAGAAUAGCCGAUAAGAAGCUGUUUUAUGUUAGGGCAUCUAAAAUAUUACCAUUUUUUCCUAUCAGCUGGUUAAAAAUCAUCGAUGUUUUCUCUAUUUGUGUGUGUGUAUGUGUGUUUGUGAAUCCUUCAACUCAUUUUGCUAAGCAUUCAUAAGGAUUCGUAGUAGACUUUCAAGAUAAUAUUUAUGUGACUCUCCUCCCCUCCCCUUCUUAGUUGAAAAAGGAGAUGCUUGCCUUGAAUCUUACAGUAAUGUUGAUUAAAUGCUAGAUGCAAGUAUCUGAUGGUCUGUUCUGAGACCAAUUAAACAAGGAAAUCAUAGCCACAUAAGAAAUAAGCAUAGUUCAUACAAAAGAACACAGGAUUAAAAUUCGUGUCUGAAUUUUGCUUUGUAAAUUUGCACAUCAUACACUCCCUAAAUUUUGUUGAGUUAAGUUAUCCAGAGGUCCCAUCCGGUUCUAAAUUGAGAAGAUGGAGAUUUAAACUCACAACCCUGACAAUGUGAGCCUUCUUUUCAGGGUCCUGGUCCAGGAGUUUUCCCUUUUAAUGAAAUUAUUCUGUUCACUCGAUUAAGGUGAGAGCCACCAGUUAGUUGUACAGACAUUGACUGGACUUAAUGCAAAUUAACAAAAAAAAUCACUUUUAAACUGCCAGUUGAAAGCACUUUCAUGCUAUAAGGUUUAGACUCUGAUGUGAGUUGAAACUUCUCAAUAAAAUGAUGGUUUGCUUCUCCUCUGAA